ACUGCGUAUGCUUGGUGGUGGUGGUCUUUCCCUCCAGGACAGGAAGACGAACAGUAGCAAGAGUGGACACAAUAACAGGAAGAGGAAGUGGGCAGUGACCUUUUUUUUUCUCUUUCUUUUUUUGUGGUUUUGCGAAAGACACUAAGGGUAAAGUACAAUCUAAGGGGAGGAGAGGAAGGAGGAGAGGAGGAAGAGGAGGAGGAGAACCUGUUGGUGCUCCCAAAACAUACCUCUGUUGCCCUCUGGGAGUGCAUUUGGCUGGUGGUCAACACGUAUCUUGGAGAAUUGCGAGUCUUGGAAGGAAGGUUGAUAAGAAAUCAAUUCUACGAGAGGAACCAUACGGGACUGGGAAGGAUUCGCAAAGGAUUUGCGAAGGAUUCGGGGGUCUCGGACACUAAACACUGAGAGAUCAUGGCUUUGCUUCGGCUUUGGACCGCGGGGCUUAUUCUGGCCAUCGCGGCCUGGUCCGUCUCGCCUGGCGUUUCUGAGAACUUGGUGGUGGGAUCGGAGAGGCGGCAAGGAGUUGCUGAAGAGAUUGUGAGGAAAGAGAGCCAUCCCAUCCUAUCUCGGAAGAAGCGGGAGUGGAUCUGGAAUUCGCUCUAUGUGGAGGAGGAGAAACCAGCGCCCAUUCCCUACAAGAUCGGGCAGCUCAAGUCCAGUCAGAGAGUGGAGGUGAAGCGGUUUAAAAUCGAGGGCGAAGGCGCCAAUGGCAUUUUUAGCGUGGACCACAAGGGCGACCUGUUUGUCAGCAAAUCUUUGGACCGCGAGGAGAAGAGCGCAUACCACUUGACCGCCAGGAUGUACGACGGCAACAACAAACUCAUUGAGGACUCGGGAGACUUUGUGGUCCAGGUGACUGACAUCAACGACAACAGCCCCAUCUUCCCCAAAACUUACAACGGAUCCAUCGUGGAGAGGUCUACCAUAGGAACCAAAGUGAUCGAGGUUAGGGCAACGGACGCAGACGACCCAACCACCGCUAACGGCGAGCUGCGCUACUCUCUGACGCCCGAUGGCGACCUGUCUGCCUUUGAAAUCGACAGUAUCACAGGUAUGAUCAGCUGCAAGGUGAGCACUCUGGAUCGCGAGACCAAGAGUCAGUACGUGGUGGUGGUCCGGGCUCAGGACAUGAGAGGAAUGGCGUCCGGCAGCACGGCCACAACCUCCGUCACCGUCAGUGUCACCGACACCAACGACAACAUCGCCUCCUUCACCAGACGGACGUACGAGUUGCGAGUUCCAGAGGACCACAAGUUGAACUCGAGGAUUGGCACUUUAGAGCUGGAGGAUCGAGAUCAGAUCCAAAACAAAGAGCCCAUCUUCUCCCUGCCUAUUGACAACAAAAUGUUCUACAUGGAGCUCGGCCCCAGCAAGGACGGCAACCUCAUGCUCAGACAGGCUCUGGAUUAUGAGACAAGAAACAGCUACUCCUUCAGCAUACAGGUGCGGGAAAACUUGCGAAACCUGCGCUUUCCCGCGGAUAACGUGGCCACUGCCGUCACCACAGCACAGGUGAACGUCAAGGUGUUGGAUGUGGACGAGCCACCGGUAUUUUCACAGCUAACGUACACCUUCAACGUGCCUGAGGAAAGACUGGUCAACAACGUUGGCACUAUCAGUGCCAGAGAUCCGGACAAAGCUGGCAAGAGUAUCCGGUACUCCAUCUUGGACAAGGAUUGUCCAAUCGCUAUCAAUCCAAUCACAGGGCAGAUGUCCACCCUGAGGACUCUGGACCGUGAGCUGGAGGCCGCGCACAUGUUCCAAGUUAAAGCCCAAGAGGAGCCAAGUGGUUUGGAGUCGUUUGUCAAAGUCAACAUCGUCGUGGAGGACGUCAAUGACAACAAGCCCGAACUGGAUGUGGACGACAUCUUUGUGUGCGAGAACGACGCCGUGAACACAGUCAUCGGGACGCUGAGGGCUACCGAUAAGGACGACCAGCCAGCCUCAUUCACCUUUAUUCUGGCUUCUCCCAGCUCUAAUUUCUCCAUCAGAGAUUUUGGCAACAACACCGCAUACGUCCUGGUGAAACAGGGACCGUUCAACCUGGACGAUCCCACAGAUUACAGCGUGGAUGUGAGCAUCAGCGAUGGAGGACGACCCAUCCAGACCAGCAUCACCAAACUGGCCAUCAAGGCGUGCCGCUGCGACGCCAGACGCAUCCCGACGCAGUGCAAGGCCGUGGCUCAGAAGAUGGGAGUGAGCGUCCACGUUCUCAUCGCUAUUUUGCUUUGCAUACUCACCAUACUGGUGAUCGUUAUCCUAUUCGUGAUGAAGAAACGCUACCAUAAAGAUUCGCUGGCCGGCAUGAAGAAUAGUGGCGAGAUUCACGAGCAACUUGUCACCUAUGACGAGGAGGGCGGUGGCGAAAUGGACACCAACGGCUAUGACGUCUCCAUCCUGACAUCAGCAUUCCACGAUGGCUCCCUCCUUCGCCACCCGGAUUGCCUCCCCCACCCGUCUCUCUACGCCAUGGUCCAGAAGUCCCAGCCACACCAGCAUCAAGUGCAGCCCGCCUCCGCCGGCAAGGGCGACAUGGCGGCCAUGAUUGAGAUGAAGAAACACGAUGCGGACCACGACCGUGAAGGUUUCCCGUACGACACGCUGCACAUCUAUGGCUAUGAGGGGCCUGAGUCCAUAGCGGGGAGCCUCAGCUCCCUGGGAAGUUCUUCCAGUGGCGGCUCAGACUCUGACUACGACUUCCUGAGCGACUGGGGCCCCAGGUUCAGGACCCUGGCUGAGCUGUACGGUGUAGACGAUUUGGACUACUACCACUAGUUGACCUUUUCACCAUGACGCCCUACGUACUUCCGGGUGGCAAAAUCUCAGAUGGCACCACAAGUAAACCAACGUGAUAUCUCACCACCAAGGAAAUGUAGGCAUCAUGAACAUGAUCCUAAAGAAAUUGGCAAAUGAAUUGACUUUUCUGUGGCUCUGUCUAAUGAGACAGACUUUUUGCGUGAUGGUAUAAUAGAGAGUGCGCCGUAGAGCUACCGUUAGCUGGCACGCUAGCCAUGUUCCUAAAUUAGUCAAAAACAACCCAAUCCAACAUUUUACAAAACACUGUGAGAAAAUGCCUUCCAAAAACCCCAACCACUGGUCCUACUGGAAUAAUCUGAUGGCACAAAUCCCGCAAAGUUUUUGUCAAAGUUUCAGUUCACAUCAAAGGUAAUCAAUCGCUUUUCUGCCACCCGGAAGUACCCUGGCGCCUACUGUUUAUUUUCAACAACAACAGCCAUAAAAACACCAACAAAACAACACACUUCAGCAGGAAUGGGAACAACAGCUGACUUUUUGUUUCUGGACACAGAACUUGGCGAGUCACAUUUUCAUCCUUCUCAUCCAAUCGAAUUGAAGGAUGUCCCAUGAGGGGGAGUGGCCGCAUGAGCACAAAAUUGCGAUUUAAGGACGCAAUUAGAGCCAAUUAGAUUUGACAUCUGAGCGUGUUUAUUCGGUGCGCUUUCUUUUUUUUUUUUAUGUUGUACUUUUUGUCUUUUCGUACACGUGCACUCAUGCACAUCCAUACAGUACACGCACACACAAAAUGUCUACUAGGGAUGCCAGCGUAAUCUACUGGAACCCAAUGUGAAGACAAUCAUGCGCAGUUUUGAUCGAAGCUAUCAGAGGUAGCUUUUGUACGGGAUCAUGCAGGUGUGCCUAAUAAAAGUUGCACCAGCUCUUUAGUGUAAUUUAUGUGACCAGAACAGUGUUAAAUCCUGGUGACAAAAAAGAAAGACAAGUAACGAAUACUGGAAUUUUCUCUGCAUCUUUUUAUUGCUUCCAUGGGUUGUUUGAAAUUAUGGAUUUUCCGGACUUUAUAUAUUUCACAAAAGCAAACUAAAAAGAGAAGAAUUUUGACAUUAAAAAAAAAACGUCCACUUUAUAUGGGAUACCAGCACUAUUUAAAGGCAUCCAACACAAAAGCUUCACAUCAUGAUAAUCACGCCUAGUUUUGAUUGACGCUAUCGAAGGUAGCUUUCAUACUGGAUCACAGUGAAUUGUGGAGAAGUCUUGAUAUGUAAUCCAUACACAGAGAAAUAUAGUAAGGGUUUGCUGUGGUCUAUAAAUGCCACAAGGCAGUCACAAAGCACUACUUUUGUCUAAACGAAGAAUUUCACUCACUUCAACAUAGUUCAGUGGCACCAAGAUGCCUUCAGAUUGCGCUUAAGUAAAACUGUUAUUGCAUACAAUGAAGAUGAGGUCCCCCCCCACCUCCCCAAAAAAACAUUCUGAGGAUAGGCGAAUUUGUGAAUGCAAAUGUGGAGCAGGUAACUAAAUACAAGUUUAAGAGUUUGGCCUGGUGUUGUUAUACUAAUUUGGCCAAUGUAUUUCACUUUUGGAGUUUGUAGUUUAAAAACACACUAGAAAAGAAUAUUUUAGCUCAAAUAAAAGUUAAACCUAGGUACAUUUUUGAUGUCAGUAAAACGUGGCUUGUUUUUCCUCAGUUGGUCCAUUUUGCUAGUUUGUCACUGCAAGAAGAGUGAAAAAAAAUGGUUGAAAUCGAGUGACAGCAAAUAGUCCAGCACGUCUUUCCCGUGCUUUUUUUUUUUUUUUUUUUUUACACCAGCCGUCAUCACGCUCAUUGUUUGGCGAGGAAAGCGCAACUCUCAGAGGCCUCCUCGCCACACACAACUCAGGAAGCACACAGCAGCUCCGAGGUGCUUCAACUACUUUAACCUCUCAUCCCUCUGGCUACUGGCAGCUGGUGGAAGCACAUCCAUUAAAAAAAAAAAAAAAAAAAAAAAGACAACAUCUGAAUGGCGUGGGAACAAAAGGCCAGUGGACUGAUCGCAAAAACUUUGAAUUGGGAAGGUUUGACGUUAUAUAUUCAGAUUUAGGCACCCAUGGAGUGAG